GACAUAACUUCCUAGCUUCCAUCAAUGGAAGAUUACAUCAAUUUAGCCAUUAAAUCUCUUUUCCGUGCAAUUCUAGCUUCAACAGUCGGUAUUAUCAUCUUUCUAACACUUAAACAACAUAAAAGGAGAACAAAAUUAUCUCAAAAUAAUGAUGAAAACAAAAGGGUCCCACCAGGGGAUAUGGGUUUGCCAUGGAUUGGAGAAACAAUGGAGUUCUAUAAAGCCUUACAGAAGAACAGAUUAUUUGAAGAUUUUAUAAGGCCAAGGAUCCAAACUCAUGGGAAAACAUUUAAAACGAGGCUUAUGGGUAGUCCCACAAUUGUGGUAAAUGGAGCUGAUGCUACUCGAUUCUUUUUGUCUAACGAGUUUAAGCUUGUGGUUAGUUCUUGGCCUUCUUCUUCUGUACAGCUUAUGGGUAGAAAUUCUAUAAUGGAGAAAACAGGGGAAAAACAUCGUUUGAUUCGGUCAAUUAUGGCGCCUUGUUUGGGGAUUUCAUCACUAGAAUAUUUAGUGCCCAAUAUUUGUGGGGUUAUUAGCUCUCAUUUGGUGAAAUUUUGGGGUGGUAAUAUUUUUCAAGAAGAAAAAACUACUUAUUUGUAUAAAACUGCAAAGUAUUUGAUUUUCAAGGUGAUUUGUGAGUGUUUGUUGGAGAUGGAAGUGGAAGAGGAUUUAUUUGAGAAGUUUGAGAAGGUUCUAGAAGGUGUUUUUGCACCGGUUUUGAAUGUACCUGGAACGAGUUUUUGGAGAGCCAAGAAAGCUAGGAAGGAUAUUGAGAAAGUAUUGGUUGAUGUAGUGAGGAAGAAGAGAGAAGAAAUGGAGGGAAAAAUGGAGGGAUAUGGAGGUGAAACGACGUCGUUAUUGUCGAAAUUAGUGGGUGGGUUGAUUAGGGGUGAGAUUAGUGAGGUAGAAGUGAUUGAUAAUAUGGUUUUGUUGAUAUUUGCUGCUCAUGAUACUACUUCUUUUGCUAUUGCUAUGCUUUUCAAGAUGUUAGCUCAAAACCCACAAUGUUACUCUAUGUUACUACAAGAGCAGAUCGAUAUUACAAGAAAUAAACAAAAGGAAGAAGAGAAGUUGACAAUGGACGAUGUUUUAAAGAUGAAAUAUACAUGGCAAGUUGCCCGCGAAGUUAUGCGUUUGUAUCCUCCCGUUUUUGGUUCAUUUAGAAGAGCCAUUUGUGACAUCAAGUUUGAUGGAUUCACCAUUCCCAAAGGAUGGAAGGUGCUAUGGACAGCUUAUGGGACACAUUUCAAUGAAGAGUAUUUUAACGAUGCCAUGAAAUUUGAGCCGAAUAGAUUCGAGGAGGCCAUGCCACCUUAUGUAUAUGUUCCAUUUGGAGGAGGUCCAAGGGCUUGUCCAGGCUAUCAGUUGGCUAAACUCAACAUUCUCAUUUUUGUGCAUUUGGUAGUUACUCAAUAUAAUUGGUCAUUGGUUCAACCAGAUGAGGCGAUUGUUAUGAAUCCUCUCCCGUUUCCUUCUCAAGGAAUGCCCAUUACAAUUUCUCCUAAACAUUAUACAUAUGAUAUCUAGUAGGUUACACUAUUAUAUAUUGUUAAAGUACCUUAUUUUUCAUUUUAGGAAAGACAGAUUUAGAUUAGGCGUGUUGAUAAUAUUUGUUGAAAAUAUAUUUAUUUGGUUAAU